AUGGGCGCGGCCGCUGGGAAUGCGACGGGGACCCCAGAGUUCGUGCUGCUGGGGCUGUGGGCCCCGCGGUCCCUGCGGCCCCUGCUGUGGACGGCGCUGCUGCUGGCCUACCUGGCCACGGUCCUGGGCAACGGCGUCUUAGUGGGGCUGAUAGCGCUGGACCAGCGGUUGCACCGGCCCAUGUACCGCCUGCUGACCCACUUGGCGCUGCUGGACACGGCCUACGUGAGCACCACGCUGCCGCAGGCUCUGGCGCACAUGGUGGCGCGCCGGGCCGGCCUCUCCCUGGCACGCUGCGGGGCCCAGCUGUACGUGGGCAUCUCCUUGGGCAGCAGCGAGGCCAUCCUCCUGGCCGCCAUGGCCCUCGACCGCUGCCUGGCCGUGUGCCAACCCCUGCGCUACGCGGUCAUCAUGACGCCCACGCGCUGUGUCGCCCUGGCCACCACCUCCUGGGCGCUGGGCUUUGUGUUGUCUGUGCCCAACGCGGCGGCCACCCUGCGCCUGCCCUUCUGCCCCGGGAGGCCCCCGGUCGACCACUUCUUCUGCGAGCUGCCCGCGGUGCUGAGAACGGCGUGCGCGGACACGACUGCCAACCACCGGCUGGUCUACGGCUUGGGCACCCCCGUCCUCCUGCUGCCUCUGGCCUUCAUCCUCGCCUCCUACGCCUUGAUUCUGGCGGCCGUGGGCAAGCUGCCUUCUGCCAAGAGCCGCCUCAAGGCGUUGUCCACCUGCGGCUCGCACCUGGCCGUGGUGGGUCUCUUCUAUGGCACGGUGACCGCCAUGUACCUGCGCCCCCGCGCCUCCAGGGCCCUCCCUGCCAAGCGCCACAAGCUGGUGGCUGUUUUUUACUUAGUGAUUACGCCCGUCUUGAAUCCGCUCAUCUACAGCCUUCGAAACCGCGAGGUCCACGCAGCAGCCCACUAUGCCCUGGCCAGGCUCCGGGGGACCCGCACUGUGCCGGGCUGA